AUGAAAAAUGCAGUUCCCAAGAAUGAUAAAAAGAGACGAAAACAGCUGGCUGAUGAAGUUGCCAAACUAGAGGCAGAACUUGAACAGAAGCACAAGGAGGAAUUAAAGCAGCUGAAGGAAGCUUCACCUGAGCAGAGUAAGGCAGAUUCUAUAGCUGAUGGGGUUGCAAAUUUAGAGCUUGAAGGAGUAGAGCAACAGAUUCAGCAUCCUCGAAUAACAAAAGCACAGAAGAGGCGGGAAAAAAAAGCUGCCUUGGAGAAAGAGAGAGAAGAAAGGAUAGCUGAAGCUGAGAUAGAAAAUUUAACAGGUGCUAGACAUCUUGAAAGUCAGAAACUUGCCUCCCUAUUGGCAGCAAGGAGCUUAGAGAUUAAACAGAUCCCUUCAGAUGGCCAUUGCAUGUACAGAGCUAUUGAAGAUCAGCUCAAGGAUCGCCAGAAUUCCUGGACUGUUGCAACUCUGAGGAACCAGACAGCAAAGUAUAUGCAAAGUCACUUUGAUGACUUCCUGCCAUUUCUUACAAACCCUAGUACUGGAGAGAUGUAUAGCAGAG